AAAAAGAACAAAUUUGUGGGAUCGUGAAAGACUGAUUGAUUGACUCAAGAAAGUCGUUAAAAUCACAAAUCUUUAUUUUCGUCUGAAAUUUUCUUGUUUGCUCCAAAACGGAGAACAAGUCUCAUUCUUUUAAGCUCCUUUCCUCCUCCUCCUUCAUCUAUGGAAUGAAUCACUCUCGUUUUAUUUCCAUAAACCCCCUUUUUGAAUCUCUCUAAACUCCUUUUUCAAAUUCUGUAAAUCGAAUCUUUGAAGGUUUGACUACUAUGCAUAGAUCUGGUACUGCAAUGGCGUGGAACGUGUUCAAGUUCUGUACGGCCUUACGAGGUCUCGGAUCCAUCAUGAUCUUGCUAGUUCUCGGUGUUGUCGGUGUUACCUAUUACGCCGUCGUUUUGACUAAUUAUGGACCUGCUCUCUCUCAAGGAGGCGUUGAUUCCUUUGUUGCUCUCACCAUCCUUGUCCUCUUCCAUGUCCUCCUGGCGAUGCUUUUGUGGAGCUACUUCUCUGUUGUUUUCACUGAUCCUGGUGCUGUCCCUGCUAACUGGAGGCCAGCUAGUGAUGAAGAGAGAGGUGAAUCUGAUCCGUUAACUAGUCUGGAGUUUGUCGGUUUACAGACAGAUUCUUCAAACCCUAGAGUUAGGUUCUGUAGGAAGUGCAAUCAGCCAAAACCUCCACGUUGCCAUCAUUGUUCUGUUUGUGGUAGAUGUGUGUUGAAGAUGGAUCACCACUGCGUUUGGGUUGUUAACUGUGUAGGAGCAUUGAAUUAUAAGUACUUCCUUCUUUUCUUGUUCUACACAUUUUUAGAGACGACUCUUGUGACUUUGGUUCUUAUGCCGCACUUUAUAGCCUUCUUUAGUGAUGAAGAGAUACCUGGAACACCAGGCACUCUCGCUACUACUUUCCUUGCAUUUGUUUUGAAUUUGGCAUUUGCUUUGAGCGUGAUGGGUUUCUUGAUCAUGCACAUUUCUUUGGUUGCUGGCAACACCACAACUAUAGAGGCAUAUGAGAAGAAAACCAGUGCAAGAUGGCGGUAUGACCUCGGUAGAAAGAAAAACUUUGAACAGGUAUUUGGAAUGGAUAAGAGAUACUGGUUCAUCCCAGGAUACACUGAGGAAGAUCUAAGGAGAAUGCCUGAGCUGCAUGGACUUGAAUACCCUUCCAAGCCUGACUUUGAUUCCCAGUAAUGCUGAAGAAGAUGACUUUGAUCAUCAUCAUCAUGUAAAACAACAAUACGUAGAAGACAGAGAGACCUCUACUAACUUGAAGAAUGAUGCUUUCACUUGCCGGCAGUAUAGUGUCUUCAUAUAAAGGCAAAAAAAAUCAUUAGAUUAUGGGUUUUGUAAUGGAGGAGGAUUAUAACUUAGCUUUGUUUGUCACACAUAUGUUCAUCUUAUUCAAUACUAGUUCAUAACUUCAUAUACGCAUGUUCAUCUUCAAAACAUAGCUUCUCUUUUAAAUUGCUUGUUUCCCAAUGUUGAUUUUUGAUUAAAAAAAAACUAUUAUUAGA